UCGUUAACGUAGUUCACCUAGUAACAGUUACAUCUCUGUAUUCUAUCUAUACACAUCGAUCCUACCAAGUCAAAUCCGUCUGUUGCAAAAUGUCCCAAAUAACCCUAGGCCGCUACCUUUGGGAGCGACUUCACCAAGUUGGUAUCGACACCAUCUUUGGAUGCCCAGGCGACUUCAACCUGCAAUCUCUUGAUCCUAUCUUCCAAGUCAAAGGUCUGAAAUGGGUGGGAAAUCAAAACGAGUUGAAUGCAGCAUACGCUGCCGAUGGCUACGGUCGUGUCAAAGGGAUUCCAGGAUGCUUGGUAACAACUCACGGAGUGGGUGAGCUCAGCGCAUUGAACGGCAUCUCUGGUGCCAUGUCGGAACAAGUCAAAGUGAUACAUGUCGUGGGCCAAACCACUCGCGCGAUGCAGAAGGAUCAUAUGAUGAUUCACCACUCCAUUGGUAACAGGCCAGACCACCAGGUUUAUGCUCGUGCCUCCAAGGAGCUUCGCUUUGCGGCAGCCGAGCUGUGGGAAGUUGAGACAGCGCCCAAGGAGAUCGAUCGAGUCAUAAGGGAAUGCUUCACCAAGUCUGGCCCAGUCUACAUCUUUCUCCCCCUAGACUUGUCAGCAGAGAAGGUGUCCGCAGAUCUUCUCGACACCCCCAUUGAUCUUUCGCCAGCAGUGGACCAGUCCGCACAGGAUGAAGCAGUCAAGGCUAUCACGUCGGCGAUAUCUUCCGCAAAACACCCCAUCGUUCUAGUAGACACUUUCUCCAAACGCUUCGGUGCCAGUGCAGAAGUCCGAGAGCUGACGAAGAAACUCAAUGUUCCCGUGUUCUCUGCCAAUAUGGGCAAAGGUAUCGUUGAUGAGACGGAUGAACUGUGGGUAGGAGUGUGGAAUGGUGAGAUUAGCGCCCCAGGCGUGAAAGAAGAAGCAAAGAAAAAUGAUCUCGUCAUCACACUAGGCCAUCUAAAUGCGGAUACAAACUCCGGAGGCUUCUCACGGAAGAUUGCUGACGAUGCAAGCAUUCACAUCAACCCCUUCGAUGUCGUAGUCAAGGGCAAAUCGUAUCCGAACACAAUCAUCAAAUCCCUGCUGGCAGCCCUCACUGCAGCUCUGCCACAGUCCCCUCAACACUCCUUUGCAAAGGCAGAGCUUCCAUCAUCGCGCGUUCCUCUUGACAAGGACGCAACGGAUAUCACGCAGUCCUCUCUCUGGCCCUCCGUGCAAAACUUCCUUCAACCCAACGAUAUCAUCAUCACUGAGACAGGAACCUCCACUUUCGGUAUCUGUGAUAUUGCUUUCCCGCCGCAAACGCGCUAUGAAGCGCAAAGUUACUAUGGUAGCAUAGGAUGGGCCACCGCCGCUACUCUGGGCGCAGAAACUGCCAGGAGGGAGAUGAGUGACGCGACAGGCGAAAAGGGACGGACGCUUCUAUUCACAGGCGAUGGCAGCAUGGCCAUGACAAUCCAGGAGAUUGGUACCAUGAUCAAAGCACGCCUGAGCCCUAUAAUCUUUGUCAUUAACAACGAAGGCUACACAAUCGAGCGCUUAAUUUGGGGUGCAAGAGAAGAGUACAACGACAUCGUGCCUACAGCUUACGACCAUCUCCUUCCGCUCUUCAAACACCCCUCCCCUGGCGACUCGUAUCACUUCGCAAAAACAAAAACGGAGCUGCAAGCGGUACUGGCUAAACCGCAGCUGAAGCACCCCCAGCAUCUGCAGCUCGUGGAGAUUGUCGUGCCGAAGCUGGAUACCUCGUGGAGGCUGGCGAGCACGCUGGCUUGGCGCGGCGAGGAAACACAGGAGUACUUGAAGAGAGAGGGUUUCGUAGAUACGUAUGGCGGGUGGGGCUUGGAUUCUGGAGCCGGGGGGAACGUGAAGUGGUCGUAGGAAAAGAAGCCUUCUCGAACACAAUGAAUCAAGCACUGCCACAAGCAGCCACCCCGUACUC